CGAAGCGCAGCCUGCGGGAGCUGCCAAGAGGAAUGCUCCGCGUUCUCCGCGGCGGCCAAGCGCUCAGUCGGCCUGCGCUCCUGGCGCCAGGUCGACGCCUAUUGUGCGUCGCUUCCAGCAGCGAGAAGCAGAAGCGGCACCCGCUCCUCUCGGACGAGCGCAUCACCGCCGAGCCGGGAUACAACCGCUGGCUCCAGCUCGUCCCUGCAUGCGUGGCGGGCACGGCGCUCGGCACCUACUUCGCCGUCCCCGGAGUGCUCGGCCCGCACAUCUGCCGCGCGACCGGUGUCGUCGCGUCCGUGAGCUCCGACUUUUCGCUCGGCGAGGUUGUGCCGCUUGCGGCGACCAUGUCGCUGGUGGCCGGCGUGCUCGCGGCUGGGCUCGCAAACUAUUCGGCGGGGUUUGGCGUGCGUCGCGUCGCUCUCGCGGGCUCGGUCCUCUUCCCGGUCGGCAUCUACGCCCUCCCCGCCCUGGCGUUGCAGUCGCACUCUCUGGCCGCCUUCUCCGCCGCGACAGUCGGCGUCGGAGGCGUCGGUUUCUACUGCAUCUACCCGCAGCUGCCGCCCUUCAUCACGACGCGCUGGUUCCCGGACCGCAAGGGGACCGCCGUCUCAAUCUACUUCUGCGCCUUUGGCUCCGGCAUGAUCGUCGCCUCUAAGGCGAUGCAGGCGAUGCUCGCCCACUUCCGGACCCCGCCCACCCGGCUCGGCGGCCUCGCCGAGGUGCCUCUCUCCCUCGGGCCGGCCGGGGAGAGGCUCGCGCGCGCUGCGCCGGGCGAGGGCGAGGGCGGGCUGGCCCACCCCCUCGCGGGCAAGCUGGCCGGCGGAGGGGGCGAGGGCGCGUCUCGAGCGGCGGAGGGCGUGGAGGUCGUCCUCGCCACUCCGCGCGACCUGGUGGCGAGCGGCUUCGGCGGGCUCGAGGAGGGCGUGUACCUGGUCGGCUCCGGCAGCAACGGCGUGGUCGAGACGAUGGGAGGGAUGGCGGUCCUCACCUUCUGCCUGCUGCACGCGCACGGCACGCCCCACCUCUACCUGCUCUGGGCCUCGACGGGCGCCCUCGGCACCGCCGGCCUAGCCGCGCCCCCUCCCCGCUCCGAGGAGCCAUCUUUCAUGGUGAACGACGUCUUCGGCGGCGCGGCGCUGCCGGCGAGCGUGAUCGCCGCCACCGCGGUCGCCUUCCCGGGGAUGGUCGGCGGAGCGAACAUGGCCGGCAGACUCGUGUGGGGCCCGGUCUCGGACCGGCUUGGGCGCGGAGCCACGGUCCUCUCUGUGCCCGCCCUCCUCUCUCUCCUGCUGGCCACCUCGAUGGUGCACGCCGAGCCGGAGACGGCCCUCGCACUCUUCAAGGCCGCCUCGCUCACCGCCGUCGCCGUCUUUGCCGGCGGCCCUGUCCUCCUCGCCCCCGCCGUCGUCGACGUCUUUGGCGCCAGAGACGCGACUGCAAUCUACGGCCGGCUCUGGAUGAUGCUGCCCGCCGCUAACUUCUUCGGCGCGACCCUCGUCUCGCGCGUGCGCGAGUACUCGUACUCCAAGCACGCCCUCGCCAUCGCAGAGACGUGCGACGAGGCAGCCUUCACAGCAACCUUCGGCGCGCCGCCCGCCGAGGCGCAGUCGCUCAUCGCGAGCAAGACGGCGACCCUGCCGCUGCUGCUCACCAUCGCGCCCGAGGGGACCGUCGACCCGAGCCCGCUCCUGUACGACGACGCUUUCUACACGCUCGCCGGCUUCAGCGCGCUCGCCUGCGUGUGCAACUUGGCGGCGUACCGCUUGCCGAGGCCCCUUCGGUUAUAG